CCUCUGAGCAGUCCUGCUCUGUUCAGCUCCUGUGGAAACUGUGUAUGAACCACUUGCGUGUGCGUGCUAAGAAGAGUUUAAUGUCUGUGUGCACAGCCGUGUGUGUUUUUCUAAGUGCCACUGGAGUGUAGACGCUCAUCAGUGAGACCGAGUGCUAACCAGGGAAUACUCCAGUCUCACUGCUCUGAUCUCAAACUUCAACACCAUCUGGAUUUCUGCGGAGCUCAUCGGACACAAGGGGGACUCUGCCACUGUUCACCCUGCACUGGGCACCAUUCCCAUCACUGGAUUUUUUUUUUUUUCACCGACAAGGCUCGUGUCUAUUCUGGAACAUUGACGGACUGUAUAAUAAUUGACUGUACUCUUGAGGGUAAAUCAAUAUACACUGGAAUAUAACAUGAUCAAGCCACAAAAUAAGGACAAAGACUUCAAGUGCGUGAACCUAUGACAUUUUGCAUUCUUAAUGAAAUAUUCAAAACAAAAAUAUUUAUGAUAUGGAAAUGUGUGAAGGCAUCAAGGUGUCUGGUGGACCGUAACAAGCAUCUGAAAUGUUCUAAACCGCAAUACAAAGCGACUCACAGAUCUGAAUGCCUACGUGUGACAUCUCCGCGCCGUUUUGGAUGUAAGAAGUGAAGUUUGGGAGUAAUACCAACAAAGAUAGCUUUUCUACACCAAGGAGGACUUCAUUUUAGGAGAAUCUGGUGGCAUACACGGUGGAGCACAAGCUGAAUAUCUGAUUUGGAUACGGUGAUCAAGAUGAUGACCAUGAUGAUGAUGAUGGUGGCCACCACGGUCACAUGCAGCUCUCUCUUCAUUCUGGGGCUGGCCGCAGCCCAUGCAUCAUCCACCUCACGUUCUUCCUCCUCUGCGUCUUCGUCAUCCUCCUCAUCUCCCUCCCCUCGAAUGAAGCUCUCAUACAAAGAGUUACAGCAGUUUCAUGGUGUCCGAAGGUUCGAGCUGGAACGCUCAUGCUGCUUCAGCGCUCUGCUCUUAGAUGAAGAGCGUGGACGGCUGUUUGUUGGGGCCAAGAACUUCCUGUUGUCUUUAUCGCUGGACAACAUCGCCAAACAGGAACAUAAGAUCUACUGGCCGGCACCUGUUGACUGGAGGGAGGAGUGUAACUGGGCUGGCAAAGACAUCACGUCCGACUGCGUCAAUUAUGUGAAGAUUCUACAUCACUACAACCGCACUCAUCUGUACGCCUGCGGAACUGGAGCUUUCCAUCCAACCUGCGCCUUUGUGGAAGUGGGACACCGGAUGGAGGAUCAUGUAUUCAGGAUUGACCCUUCCAAGGUGGAGGACGGUAAAGGGAAGAGUCCUUAUGAUCCCCGCCACAAUGCCGCCUCUGUGCUCGUUGGUGAUGAGCUGUACGCAGGUGUGGCUACAGACUUAAUGGGUCGGGAUUUCACCAUCUUCAGAAGUCUCGGGAGACGUCCGUCUAUCCGCACGGAGCAACACGACUCACGCUGGCUCAAUGAGCCCAAGUUUGUCGGUUCCUUUUGGGUCCCGGAGAGUGAAAACCCUGAUGACGACAAAGUAUUUUUCUUCUUCCGGGAGACGGCAGUAGAGGCCCAGGGUCUGGGGAAGUCCACAUACUCUCGCAUAGGACAGCUGUGUCGGAAUGACAUGGGUGGGCAGCGCAGUCUGGUGAACAAGUGGACCACAUUCCUCAAAACACGUCUGAUCUGUUCGGUUCCCGGUCCUGAUGGCAGCGACACCUACUUUGAUGAGCUACGCAACGUAUUCCUGCUGCAGACGAGGGACAGAAAGAAUCCACUGGUUUACACUGUCUUCUCGACUUCCAGCAGUGUAUUUAAAGGCUCAGCUGUGUGUCUCUACUCCAUGAAUGACAUCCGGAGGGCCUUCCUGGGGCCCUUCGCUCACAAAGAGGGCCCCAACUACCAGUGGGUCCCCUUCCAGGGGAAGGUCCCCUAUCCCCGCCCAGGAAUGUGUCCCAGCAAGACAUUUGGCAGUUUUGAGUCCACGAAGGGUUUCCCAGACGAUGUGAUCCAGUUUGCCCGUCACCACCCACUGAUGUACAACCCUGUGUACCCGAUGAGCAGACGGCCAGUAUUUGUGAGGACCAAUGUGGACUACAGCUUCACACAGAUCGCUGUGGACAGAGUAGGAGCUGCUGACGGACAGUACGACGUCAUGUUUAUCGGAACAGACAAAGGGACAGUGCUAAAAGUGAUCAACGUACCAAAGGAAAGCUGGAAUAACAUGGAGCAGCUUCUGCUGGAGGAGCUGGAGGUGUUCAAAGAUGCCUCCGCCAUCAUCAACAUGCAGCUCUCCUCGAAACGGCAACAACUGUACCUGGGCUCAGACACCAGCAUCGCCCAGGUUCCUCUACACCGCUGCAGUGUUUACGGUAAAGCCUGUGCCGAGUGUUGCCUGGCCAGAGACCCCUACUGCGCCUGGGACGGGACGUCCUGCACCCGCUAUCUGCCCAACACCAAAAGACGCUUCCGUCGACAGGACGUGAGGAAUGGAGACCCCAACACCUUGUGCUCUGGAGACCACCACAAGCAUCGAGUCACAGAGAAAAAGUUGUACGGAGUGGAGGGAAGCAGCACGUUUUUGGAGUGCAUCCCAAAAUCCCUUCAGGCCAGAGUCACCUGGACCUUCCAGAAACAACCACAAAGCCCACGGGAGGAGGUACGCAUGGAUGAUCGCAUCAUUCAGACAGAACGUGGACUUCUGAUCCGUCGCAUCUUAAAACGAGACAUCGGCGUUUAUCAGUGCCACGCUAUGGAGCAUGGUUUCACCCAAACUCUCCUUGGUAUCACACUUGAAGUCGUACCUUCCACCUCGUCCGCCGCCUCCAACACUCCCUCUGACGCUCCAGUGAGGAUAGACCCUCGUAGCUCAGGCGGCCCUCAGACGUCCAAUCAAAAGCUCUGGUAUCGGGACUUCAUGCAGCUGGUAGACCACCCCAAUCUAAGUACAGUGGACCAAAUCUGUGAGCAGGUAUGGGCUCGCAAGACUGCAGGAGGUGACCAAGGGGAAAAGAGCUUCUCUCCAGGGGGGAGGGAUGGCAUACCACUCAGCCCUGAAGUGCGCCCAAAUAACAAGAAGUGGAAGCAUCUUCAGGAACUAAGGAAGGGGAGAAACCGCCGGACCCAUGAUGGAAAACAGAACCCUCGGGCACCGCGCAGUGCAGGAGAGUAGCGUCCAAGAGGUGAAAGGACUAUGAACUCUCAUAGGUGCUCACACGUAAACACAUGCAGCACCUCUUACUGUGUAUAUUUAUCAAUGGAUGCCCUCUUAUAUGGUCUGCAUAUACUUCCACUGGUUCCCUGCAUGUGCUGCCUUUGUGGCCUGGAACUCUACUGCACGAUCCCUUUACAAUCUUCCACUAGAGUAGUACAGGUACAGGUACAAAUUCCACAAUAAUAAGUGGCAAUAAACUGUUCACACUGUGUAUGGAAUAAUGGUUUAUAGCACAUGCCUGAAUUUUGGGGUGUUAAACUGUCACCUGUGCUUGCCACUCAAGUUUUUUUAAACAUCUGUACAACACUAAGAGCCUGUAAUUCAUGGUUGAACAUUUCCAAGUGUUUUUUCAUAGCAGUGGUGAAAAACUGUCAAGCCACAAGACAAAUGGACAAUACUGGAAUUUGCUUUCCUAAAUGGAAUCAUACACAAGUGCAUUAACACCAGCAUGCAGACACACCUUCUGUAGCACAUUCAGUAAACACCUCACAGAUCUUUUCUCCUUCAGUGAGACAUAAACUACCUUUCAGAAAAUAAAGAAUCAGAUCUGUUUCACAUUGUUACAAUUUCAUAAUAACCUGAGGGGAAAAGAUCACAAACGUUGUUUAUCUUCCUCACAUUUCUCUGUGUCUGUGUGAGUGUGAAUGCAACAUGAUACAGCCCAACAAAUACAGCUUGAGCGACCACAUUGCAAAAAAGUGCUAAACUAAUGGAAACGACAACACAGGAGAUAUCAUAAGCAAUAAGAAAGCCAGCAUUUUGAAUUUGUGUGAGUUUCCAGUCAAAAAUCUGCAGAUUAAUGAGUGCAAGUCAAAGCACAAGCUUCCUGAUUUGAAAAAGUCACCUUGUGAUACUUGUGUCUGAGUACACUAAACUAAAACAAGAGAACUGGUGGACACUUCGGGACCAAAAUAAAAAGCAACACAAGGAACUGCAUUUCAGGCUCUAUUGUCACCCGUAUGUCCAGCCAACAGCAUAUUAUGUAUUUAUAUAUUAGCAUGGUAUUUAUUUUCUUUUUGUACUCUAAACUCUUUGACACUGUUGUGCGUGAUAAACAGAGUUAUGGACAAGCCCAACAUGCUGAGAUCCACAAUGAUACACGGAUACAACCUUCUGCUGCUUCACUGCUUCUUCCCUCUCUAAAAAAAGUCUUCCUAAAUCUGUACUUUCUGUGUAAUGUUUAUAAAAAAAAGUCAGUGCAACCUAAUUGUGUGUGUAGCCUGCCCUGUAGUGUACAUUGUGUGCGUUGGCUCAGGCCUUUAUUUGUGGUACAAAAUAUCAAUACUUCAUUGUCGUAAAGGAGAGGAACACUUUUUGGUACGACUAUUGCUGCUGCCACAUGUUUUUAAGAUGUAUUGUAUCUAAAAUGUCUGCAAAGUCCGAGAUGACACAAAGCAGCACAACUUGAUGUAUGGAAUCAUUUUCUUUCAUUUUAUUUAUAUUCUUUCUUUAUAGAGAUGUAUUAUACUCUUUAAAUCAAAGCAAGUCCAAAACGACACAUGUAAAAAGGAGCUCUCUGCAUUUUUGGUAUCCACAGAAUCGAAGACAUGUCAACCCAUCAAACCCCUGCACACUAUUGAACUAACCAAAAAAACUCCAGCUCAAUCUGAACUAAAGGUGAUACCAAAAAUGCUUAAGGUUCCCCUUUUUAACUGCAGGAUGUUGUUUUGUGCUUUACUACAGUUGCAUGACCGAUGUGUAGUGGCACUGGGGCAAUGGUGCGCGGCGAGAACGAAAGCACAAUGUUGAAUAUUAUGAUGUAUUUAAGUGCAAAGAUAAGCUGACAAGUUGUGGUGGAUUUUAUUUUUCAUAUAAAUGUAGGUUAACGUCUGUAUCGUUGUUUAUGUUCUGAUGAAAAAACAAAACAAAAAGAUUUUCAUACAUUUACAGGCAACGAGUGUAGUGUCUACAAUUCACAUUAUUUCACUCAUGACGUCUCCCACGCCAUGUGACGCACCCCAGUUUGACAGUUUACAUUGAGAAGCUUGUGUGUGUGUGUGCGAGUGUGUGUGAUAUUAUGAGUGAGUGCCACUUUUGGGGGAAUACAGAGCUCUGUAAAUAAAGGUGACGUCAGUGUGUGGAGAGAGGUCGGAGGUCACGGGCCAUUGUUGAUGUGGCACACUGUAAAUCUCCAGAAAUAGUUGUGAUUGUCAUGUCAGGCUGUUUUUGAUUAACACAAUAAAAUAGUUACUUCAAGGCUUUUGUUUUUCAUCUCCAUCAAGUCCAUGAGUCACUGGACCAACCUUAUUUCGGGGGGUGGUACUGAGCUGAAUGCUGAAUCAUCUCAU